CAUUUUUGCAACGAGUUUAACCACCCUGGUUGAAAACUUGAUAUAGAUACAAACGCUAAAUUGUCCGGUGGUGAUAACUUAUUGAUUAUUUAUUUUUCAAGGCAGGUAUCUGAAAGGGAUAUCGCAUUAAAAUCAGAUGUCAAGCAUGGGCGAUCAGCGUGGAACUAGAGUGUACGUUGGCAACCUGACCGACAAAGUGAAAAAGGAUGAUCUGGAGGGGGAGUUCACAAAGUACGGAAAACUGAAUUCCGUUUGGAUAGCAUUCAACCCCCCGGGAUUUGCGUUUGUGGAGUUCGAGCAUCGCGAUGACGCCGAAAAGGCAUGCGAUAUACUAAACGGAUCUGAAUUAUUGGGAUCCCAGCUGCGAGUGGAGAUAUCAAAAGGACGUCCUCGGCAAGGUAGGCGUGGCGGUCCUGUGGAAAGGGGCCGUCGCGGCGAUUUCGGCCGGCAUAGCAUCACGAGCAGUGGUGGUGGCGGCGGGGGAUUCCGGCAGCGUGGAUCCAGUGGCUCGUCGAGUCGCCACACGGAGAGGGGCUAUAGUUCCGGCCGAUCCGGUGCGAGCAGCUAUAAUGGCCGCGAUUCCAGCGGCAGCGGUUUUAAUCGCCGCGAAGUCUACGGCGGGGGACGCGAUAGCAGCCGUUACAGCAGCGGAAGUGGCGGAAGCUACGGUCGCACUGGUGGACAAUCAGCUGGUCGCUUCCGGUCCCGAUCGCCAGUUGGAAACCAUCGAUUCUAAUGACAACACCACUCAUAGUUGCUUAAGGGUUGCCUAUGAGUAAAGAUUAAUAAACAAUAACUUAAGUGCGACCGUGCAGCGCAGCCUCGAAACAUUUAAAAUCGUAGCAUUCGAUCGUUUUUGAUCGUCCAACUCCCCGCCCCCAUCAAUCGAAAAAAAACGAUAGUCGUCACUUCAUUAUUUAUUUUACGAAUACCCAGUAACAUGACAAUUGCAAGCACAUAAAAUUUAAGUUAUAUCGUAGAAAACUAGUAAGAACAAAUACGCUAAGACUCGAACCACGUCAAACCAAAAUCUAGAAGUACGCAAUUUUAAUAAAGGAAAUGCGUAAAAGUUUUUCGUAUACGUACAAGCUUUCGCAAAAUAAUUGGUAUAAAUAUUAAAGAACUUGAAGUAUUCGGAAUUGUUUAGGUGUUAAAUUUCACAGAAUUUUUAUAAUCAUCUAAUAGUCUUCAAAAUGAUGCUGGCUUAUGACUAUCGACGAAAACAAGGUUUAAAGAUUUUAGUCAGAUGUCUGGACAACUUGUCUGAUUUUCUGCAUACUCCUGGAUCUUAAGACUAUAGAACUUAUGACAUCAGGUGUUUCAAGACAGACCACCAGCAAUGACUAAGAUAUUGUUCUUUAAAAUUGGUAAGCAUGACUACUACCUAUUCAUCUUUAUAAUUUUUACAUAUUAUACAAAAAGCAAAUACUUUAAUAUUUUACAGCCUAAUGUAGUUUUGGCCAAAGCCGCAACUUCUAGCCAAUGCUUCAAGCGCCUAUUUCAUGUUAAGAGUAUAUAGUAUCCUGUACCGAACUCCUUGUUCUGGCAUUUAAGACUUUUAUUUAACAAAUUAACAAGUCAUUAGUAAGUUUAUAUCCUAAAGCAACUGAGAUUCGUUAGAAAGCAAUAAGUUUUUAAAAAAUAGGAAAGCAAUAUUCGUCUUAUGAGAACGUCGACUAGUUAGUUAGCCUAAGGGGUUAGAAUACAUUUGGAGCAAGUCGCUGCAGAUACUUUUUUAAUCGAUCGAUAAGAAAGAAUAAUAAAACAAAAAUUGGUUAAUACGGCAAAAA